UAUAAACAAGGCGAAUGCUUGUCUGUCUGAAAGGCUUUGCCAAUUUUCUAUAUAGAACAGUUUAUUCUACUUGUUGAUACUAUGAAUAUAACAUAUAUUAGUCUUGAUGGCCAUGUAGAGUUACAGAAAUAUAGGUAUCUUUAUUUCUUAAUCAUGUUGACAGGUUACAUUUUAAUUCUGUCCUGUAAUUCCACUAUUGUAUAUCUUAUUGUUAUUCACAAAAACCUGCAUGAGCCUAUGUAUAUGUUUAUUGCUUCUUUGUUAAUCAAUUCCAUUAUUUUCAGUACUGUUAUCUACCCAAAGCUUUUGACCGAUUUCCUAUCUGAGAAACAAAUUGUGUCUUAUCAGUUUUGUCUCAUGCAAGUGUUUUCUUUUUACUCUUCAAGCUGUUCAGAAUAUUUGCUGUUAGCAGCCAUGGCUUUUGACAGAUAUGUGUCCAUAUGUAAACCUCUGCAUUAUCAUUCAAUCAUGACGAAAAGAACUGUUAUUAUUUUUCUUCUUCUGGCCUGGUUUGUACCUCCUUGUCAUACUGUUGUGCCUGUCAUUGGAAGAGCAAACGCCAUGCUCUGUAGCUUUAGUUUGAAAGCCAUUUUCUGUAACAAUUCAGUCAAUUAUCUUUUCUGUGUGGCUUCGAAAGCAUUGAUGACAUAUGGCCUUGUUGUUCUAUUCAACCUUGCUCUUUUCCCAAUGCUUUUCAUACUAUUCACCUACACAGUGAUAAUUAUUGUGGCCAGUAGAAGUUGCAGGGAAGUUAGGAGAAAAGCUGCACAGACGUGUUUGCCUCACUUGCUGGUUUUAAUCAACUAUUCUUGCUUGAUUACUUAUGACAUGAUUAUUGUUAGACUGGAAUCUAAUAUUUCAAAGACAGUACGUUUUGUGAUGACAGUGCAAAUGAUGAUGUGUAAUCCUCUUUUUAAUCCAAUCAUAUAUGGACUGAAAAUCAAAGAAAUUUAUAAACACUUAAGACAAUUAUUUUAUAAAGUUGGAGUUAAGUAGCCCUUUUACUUGAUGUGCACUUAUUGUAACUGUUACAAGAUAUGUCCCAGAUAUACUUAGCUAAAAUAUCCAUGCCAUAGAGGUUUGACUGUAGUUAUAUUAACUAUUUUCUGUCAUUUUCACAGUUGAACAUUGUUUAUGUGAAUGUGUGUGUGUGUAAAAAAACUGUUCAUGAUCUUUUGUGAAUGUAAUACAAUACAUCUACAAGCAUCGCUGGAAGAGAGACUGCCAAGUCAUCUGGACCCACUGCACACCAACAGCACACAGGGUUGGUUUAGAGGCUUUUCUAAGGGCACAAUGAUCAAGACAGAUGUAGUGGGACAUCAAACCGGCAACGCAGUAGUUACAGGAGAAACCCUUAUCUACUGAACCAACAUCUCCCCAACAGGUACAUUAAAACCCAAACUGUGAAUGAAAAGACACAAGGAGAUUCAUCACGU